AUGAAUGUGAGUUUAAAAGCCGAGAACAUGUUCGUUAAAGCUAUGUUUGUAGUUAACGCUAUGUACUUUGGUUUAGAGUAUCAUACUGUAACUUCGUGCUAGAACUCAUAAUAUGAUAGUGAACUUCAUGUGUCCUAUUGUGCCAAAUGUUAUCAUAUUUUAGUUUUUAAAAACUCAAAAAAGUCAUUUUAAUAAAUUCUACUGUAACUAAAACUACACGUUUCAGGAGCUCCUCAUACCUGUGUACGCACAGCUCUUCCUGAUAUGUCUGGCAACGCUGACCCAGCUGGCUUCGGGAUGUGGUGGGAAGAAAAACACACAACCCAAGCCCGCUCCACCAACGCCCGGUGUCAAACCUGCAGCGGCUCCGCCUCCGCCCGCUGCUGGUGAGUUUUUUAAUUUUUAAAAACAAAACAUGAAAAUGCAUAUAUUUUUUGAAAAGCCAGUCGAUUUUAGUAUUUUAUGAAGGAGGUCGAUAACAUUUUUAAUAUUUUAAGACCUAAGGCUAUGUUUUGCCUCUAUAUAGUCCUCAAUUUCAAACUUAAGCCUAAAAACUGCGUUUAAAGCCUAAAAAUUGAUGUUAAAGCAUACAAAUUAUAUGCACAAGCCUAAAAACUCGAUGUUCAAGUUCUAAAACUUAAUGCUCAAGCCUAAAAAAUUCAUUACCAAGUCUAAUAUCCACCUUAUUUUCAGCCAAGAGCACUGGAGACAAAUCGAAAAAGGACGAGAAGAAAAACGGUUCCAAGAAGGAGAAGAAGGACGACAAGAAGGACGAUGAUGAUGAAGACGGCUACGACAAAUACGAGGAUGUCACGGUCGACGAUAUCAAUCCACCGCAAUGA